AUCGUCGCUCUCUCGCUCGCUCAUUGCGAAUCGCUGCGGCUGGGGGUUUCCAUCAUUCGCGUCGUCGCAACUGAUUGUGAAUAUACCCAGCGGCGAUCAGAGCGAGCCCCGCCGCCUCGGCCACAAGUCCGCCUAUGCGAUGACAGAAACAGUGAAUUCCACAGCGCUUGUACGCUCAAGCAAUGGCCAAGUUUCGAACCAAGCGCAAGAUGAGGCCCCAGCAAACAACAAUGAAAACCAGGAGAACAUUGAGCAGGCACCCCAGCAGCAGCCAGCCUUCUCCUAUUGGUCAGUCUUCAAGGGCCUGCUGUUUCGGGCGGCCAUCAUAUACUUCAUGACCAGCUGGUUUCGUGGCCAGCCAGCCAAUCAGAAUGCAGGCGGCGGGAGCGGUGCUCAGGGAGUUACGCCUGCAUCAUCUAAUCUCUACCCAAAUGGAACGGUCAUGGACAUGUAUGUGUACAUCGCGGAGGACUCAACCUUUAACCGAUUUGAUGACCCAGAAGCCCUAGUGUGGAAAGAGCCAGGCAUCGUUUAUGGCGACUGGUAUGGAGGACCCAACGGGGACUCCAUUUACACCAAGGACACGAGAUUUAGGCCGUCAGAGAGAGUGAAAAACAACGGUACGAUCUUUCUGCACGUAUUCUUCGUAUUAAACGGCUACUCACCCGAUCCCAAGGCAGGGAAGGACUACUCCCAGAUGCAUACAGUCUAUCGCAAAAAGCAGUUAAACAAGUACAAGAAGUUGCGGUACAAGCGCACCCAAAACUUGCUCACUGGUGAGACGGCUGCGACACCAGAAAUGAUAGAGAAAGCUGAGGCCAUGAAAGAAGAAAUCUUGUCCCACUGGCACCCAAACCUGACCAUAAACAUCAUAGACGACCACACUCCGUGGACACAGGGCCAAGUGCCGAUGCCCGUCGAUCAGUAUGUAGAGUUUGAACCUACCACAGGAAAGUAUUACCCCAUUGUGUAUCUGAAUGACUACUGGAACCUUGUUCGAGACUACCAGGCCAUCAACGACACCACAGAGUGGCUUGACCUUCAGCUGACCUUCCAGCCACUGAGCAUGUUCCGGUGGCAGCUGUAUGUGGCGCAGGGCAUGCGGUCGCUUUCCUUCUUUGGCCAGGACCUGAUGGAGGAGUCGGAGGAGGACAAGGACUCGCUCAAGGAGGCCUUCCUCGAGACUUCGCCCUACCUUCUGGCCAUCACGGUGGUCGUCUCGCUGCUGCACAGCGUGUUCGAGUUCCUGGCCUUCAAGAGCGACAUCCAGUUCUGGCGCAACCGCAAGAGCCUGGAGGGCCUGUCGGUGCGUUCGGUGUUCUUCAACGUGUUCCAGUCGACUGUGGUGCUCCUCUACAUCCUGGACAAUGACACCAACACCCUCGUGCGGCUCUCGGUGUUUGUCGGUCUGCUCAUAGACAUUUGGAAGAUACACAAGGUGGUGAACAUUACAGUGGACAGAGAAAACAAGCUUUUUGGAAUGUUUCCGCGGAUUCGCAUGACCGACAAGUGCACCUACGUGGAAUCCUCAACGCGAGAGUAUGACAUGGUGGCGUUCAAGUACCUGUCCUGGGCGCUGUUUCCCCUGUUGGCAGCCUACUGCGUCUACUCGCUGAUGUACCUCGAGCACAAGAGCUGGUACUCCUGGGUGCUCGGUGCCAUGUACGGCUUCCUGCUUACCUUCGGCUUCAUCAUGAUGACACCACAGUUGUUCAUCAACUACAAGCUCAAGUCAGUGGCACACCUGCCCUGGCGUAUGCUGACGUACAAGUUUCUCAACACCUUCAUCGACGACAUAUUCGCUUUUGUCAUCAAGAUGCCCACCAUGUAUCGGCUUGGCUGCUUCAGAGAUGACAUCGUUUUCCUAAUAUUCCUGUACCAGCGCUGGAUCUACCGUGUGGAUCCGACGAGAGUCAACGAGUUUGGGACGAGUGCAGUCGACGAUUCUGCGGCGUCUGGUUCGGAGCAGCCCAACGGGGCCCUUCCGUCAUCCGACGGAGGAGACGCCUCCACGUCGGAAAAGCCAGGCGACCUCAAGAAGAACGAGUGAUCUCCCACCACAUGAACCACCUGUCACCGUGCCCUAGUUGUCUCUGUGUUUGGUCGCGUCUCUGUCAUGUCUCUCGCUCUCCUUGCGGGUGACUCCUUGUUUAUGUAAAGUGUGUUCAUUUGCCAAAAAAAAAAAAAAGAAGUUGUGAGCUGAGAGGACAGCUGGUUUGGCAAGAGUGGUGGCAGACGGGUCCAGAGGAGCCUCAUCUUGUGAAUGUUUAAGUAACAGACACAAAAAAAAAUGGAGACUGAAAUGAGAAAGAGGAACAGGAAGUGCAGUGGUGGUAUAAAACAAAGCUAGUUGUGCACUGUGAACUUAAAAACUGUGCCUCGUGUCAUCAAAAAAAAAAGAAAAGAAACACCUUUCUGCACAGAACUGUGAUGUAAAGAUUUUUUUUUUAAUCCCUUGCUUUUGUGCCUUGUUAUAUGAGUGUACAGUUUUUUUUUUUUUAAUGAAAAUGAAAGCAGGUUUAUUGUUUUUAGCUAGUUCAUUGUUUUUGUUGACCUUUUCAUUUUUUUGUUUUUGCUGAUGGGCUUAUUUUGGAGUUGAACACUAAAGAAAGCCAUUUGAUGGCCAUAGUUUAGACGUCCUAGAGAUGUGGUAGUAGCGCUUUUCUGGCCGAGAGUGCAUUGUGUGAUGAACAAUACCUUCUCCAAUUCCUUCAUUCUUUUUUUGAUGAACGAAACAAAUGAAUGUCACACAUAGAUGACGUUAAAUUAUUUGCUGCCACAGUCUGUCGUUAAGAUGUUAUCUCACAUUUUGUGCUAGUUGGCUCGUUUAACUUUUUUUUUUUUCAGUGGUCAUGGCAUUUAUUGUGAAUUUGUGGAGCACCAUAAACAGUUGUAUUUGUGCGAACUGGCAUAUGCACAAAGAAAAAUUCGUUUCGUAUGUUCACCGCGUGCGAAAGUGAAAUUUUUCACGUAGCAGAACAGUGAAGCUACCCAUAUGAAUGUCUUAAACGUCAUUUAUGCUUUUCUUAAGAAGCGGCUAAAGAAUAGAGGACAUUCAAAACAUUGCAAGCAGGCUUUCCUAGUGUUCUGAACACCCCAGGCAUGUUCGGCACGUUGAGUGUCACGGAGGUUAGCAAAUGGCAUUUUUCGUACGACGUGGUGCAUUGUGGGGGAAGCGUGCUUGUCGUGUUUGAAUGUCCCUGUUAAGGAAAACAAAAAAUAUUAAAAUAGAAGUUCACAAAGUGGAGAUAUGUUUAGCACACGGUUCUCUCUUGUCAGCACUGUGCAUUUUUUUCCCGAGGACGUGCCCUGUGCUUUUUGAAGCGCAGGUUAAAAAAUUUUUGUUCUUCUUCUGUACAUAGGAUCCAUUGUAUGUAGUGUAAAAAAAAGAGAAAAAAAAGGAAAAUGCAAAAAAAUAAAAGGCUGGCUCUUUGUACACGUGGAGAACCUGGUUUUUGUGUUAAACCUGGUUGGGAGUCUUUUUUUUUUGUUAUUUUUGCUUUUGCUGCAUCUUUUGUAUACCCAUGUUUACAGUUGCGACGACAGCAUAAUUAAAACAAGCCCCCAUGCCACAGGUUA